AUGACUCAACAGAGGAAUCCUCUUGAAGACCCCACAGACCCUUACUAUCUUCACCAUGGAGACAAUCCGAGCAAUGUUCUUGUAUCUCAGCUUCUCACGGGACAAGAUAACUACAUGUCUUGGAGUAGAGCUAUGCAAUUAGCAAUCUCUGUUAAAAACAAACUCGGAUUCUAUGGUACCAUCUCUACACCCAUGCCUUCUGAUUCUAUCAUGUAUAAUGCUUGGCUUAGAAACAACAAUAUUGUUAUUUCUUGGAUACUAAAUUCUGUGUCCAAAGAAAUCUCUUCUAGCAUAUUGUAUGAUGAGUCUGCUGCAGCUAUUUGGAUUGAUCUUAAGAUCAGAUUUCAACAAAGAAAUGGACCCCAUAUAUACAAUUUGCUAAAAGGCUUGAUGAAUCUGAAACAAGAAAAUCAAUCUGUUAGCAUGUAUUUCACAAAAUUAAAAACUAUAUGGGAGCAACUGUCCAAUUACAGACCAACUUGUGUUUGUAAUGGAUGUACUUGUGGUGGUGUUAAGAAAUUUCAAGAACACCACCAUAUGGAAUACAUCAUGGUCUUCCACUUAGUUACUCAGGAAGAAAACCAGAAGGGCCAUACCAACAGCAAUACUGAACAAAAUCAGCAACUAGCUUUUGCUUUCCAAGGUGAUAAAACCAGUAUCAACAAGAAAGAUACCCAAGGAAACAAACCUCCUAGAAAGAAUAGACAUUUUUGCACUCAUUGCAACAUCCUUGGACAUACCAUUGAGAAGUGCUACAAGAUUCAUGGAUACCCUCCUGGGUAUGGAAAAAAUAACAAGGAAUCUGCUGUCAACCAGUUUCAAACCAACAAUGACACCAACAAGUCCCCUAUAGAUAAUCAAGCCCUUUUGCCACAAUUGAGUGCUGUUCAUUACCAACAUGUAAAGACCGCUUAG